AUGUUGUCGACAGUCGCAUUGCUCACCUUGUGGGCCAGUGCGGCGGCAUCGACAAUUCCGGUCGUACAACAGCCCUUGGCCAACCCCGACACAAACCCUAGCGCCCAUGUCGUGCCCGAUGAUGUACUCCAACCCCCUGCAGGUCUAGCCGCCUCAGGGCCUCGCGGUCGAUUUUUACAUAUCACCGAUUUCCACCCCGACCAAUUCUACAAAGCGGGCACCCUGCCCGACGAGAGAGGCGGAACAUGCCACCGCGGCAAGGGAUCGGCAGGUUAUUUCGGCGCGGAGGGCUCAGACUGUGACUCUCCAUUGUCCCUGGUCAAUGAAACAUUCCGGUGGAUUGAGGAAAACCUCAAGGACAAGAUCGACUUUGUCAUCUGGACAGGGGACUCGGUUCGCCAUGACAACGACGAGAGACGACCACGAACAGCAGACGAGAUUGUGGAACUCAACGAGUUUAUGGCUCAGAAAUGGGUUGAACUGUUCGGAAUCAGUGAUCAGGCCAAGAAUCCAACCAGCAUCCCCCGACUCUCCGUGCCUGUCAUACCUACCUUUGGCAACAACGACAUCCUGCCCCAUAACAUCUUCCGAGGAGGCCCCAAUACGUGGACCAAGAAAUUUGCUGGAAUUUGGCGCCAUUUCAUUCCCGAAGACCAACGCCACACUUUCGUCGAGGGCGGGUGGUUCACCAUAGAGGUCAUUCCCGGCCAGCUGGCCGUCAUCAGUCUGAACACCAUGUACUUCUUCGAAUCCAACAGCGCGGUGGAUGGGUGCAGUGCCAAGUCGGAGCCCGGAUACGAGCACAUGGAGUGGCUACGGGUUCAGCUGCAACUGUUACGGAGCCGGGGCAUGAAGGCUAUCCUGAUGGGCCAUGUGGCUCCCGCUCGGUCGAAUGAGAAGAAAAACUGGGACGAGAGCUGCUGGCAGAAGUAUACUCUGUGGAUGGAUCGGUACCGCGAUGUCGUCGUGACCGGUCUUUAUGGGCACAUGAACAUCGACCAUUUCAUCCUGCAGGACAGUCACAACGUCGACAUUGACGCCGUGGUGGAGGAUUCCACGGAGGACACGAUAAUGAUUUCCUCGAAGGAGGACUAUCUUGUCUCACUACGCAAGCAAUGGUCUUCGCUGCCAUCUCCACCUUCUGGUAUAUUCGACAAGCUACGCAGCUCGUCCGAUUCUCUCGAUUACGUUGCAGCCAAGAAGAAAAAGAAGAGCAAGAAGGAGAAGAAGAGAGAGAAGAAGGAGCGGCGGUACUUGAAGAAGAUCGGUGGUCCAUUUGCCGAACGAUACAGUCUUUCGUUGGUCUCCCCGAGUUUGGUGCCGAAUUAUUUCCCUACACUGCGGGUAGUGGAAUACAACAUCACUGGACUGGAAACGCUUUUGGUGCAGGAUGAUUCCAUUUACAAUGGUAUUGAAACCUCUGUUGAUGCGUCUACUGCUGAGGGGUCAAUUCCGCUUGAGGCUCAAAACCCUGCGGUCGAGAUCGAGAAGAAGAAAAAGAAGAAGGACAAGGACAAGGACAAGGACAACAAGCCACCAAACUUCAAAAUUCCCGAUCCCCCGUCUUCCACGGCACCCCCGGGCCCUGCCUACUCCAAUCAACCAUUCACCCUGCUAGCCUACACCCAAUACUUCGCAAACCUGACCCGAAUCAACGACGAGGCCGCUUCCCAAAAAAACAAGGCCCCUCGAGUCGACUUUGAAGUCGAAUAUUCCACUGAUGAUGAUGGCGCCUGUCAGAUGAAGGAUUUGACUGUCCGUAGCUUCUUGGAGCUCGCCAUUCGCAUCGGUGAGGAGGGUGCGGCUGCCACUGGUACGACCUUCUCCCUCGACCCUUCAAUCACCAAGAAGAAGAAGGUGAACGAGGCCUGGCGCACGUUCCUUUCUCGGGCAUUUACUGGGUUUGUUGAUGUGGAUGAUUUGAAUGUGAGCGUAUACAAUAACCUUUGA